AUGAUUCUAUUUUCAGCCAUUUCAAAAGGAUCCCUGAUUUUAUGUGAAUAUACUGAAUCAAAUGAAGAUUUCUCUUCAUUAAUUAUGAAAUAGCUCAAAUUCAUUAAAAAUAAAGAAGAGAAACAACAAUUCGAAAUUGUAUUUUCAAUUCUUUAUUUGAACCUAGAACUAAUAUAUUAUGUAUUUACUUCAAAGAAACCAAUAUAAUUUUAUGUGCAUGAUGCAAAUCACUGAAAAAAAUAAACUUUAAGAUUAGCAGACAUUUGCAUAUAGUUUUCUAAAAGACAUUUCUGAAAAAUUUUUAUAAGUGGCUUAAUGUAAGUUUUGAAAUUAACAGGAGCUUAAGAAGACAAGGGUCAAUUCACAAAAGUUAUUGCAGAAAUAAUGAGUUAAUAUAAUUCAAAAAUUGAAAACAAUGCUGACCAAUAGAAAGUAAAUAUUUAAGAGUAUAUAAAAAUAUAUUUUUUUUUAUAGAAUACAAAACCAAUAAUUAUUCAAUACAUAAGUUUCUCAGGAAAUUUAAAUCAAUGAAAUAAAAGACAAAUACGGUUAUAGUGUAAAUACUUGUAAAUCAAUCUUUUUUGUUAUUAACCUAUUUCUUGCUGGAAUCCUUGUUGAAUUGUUUACUAAAUUUGAUAAAUAUUUAUGA